GUACUAAAACGUGAAAUUUUCAAAAAAAUUGCACAAAAAGCUUUCGAAAUGGUUGCUGAACAUCUUCCCCAACAACCCAUUAAUGGAUACCAUUGUAAUGGUAAUUCGACGAAUGGAGUAACAACAAAUCAGUUGCAAGUAAAUUCGCCGUUCGUACAAAACGACGGCACCUACGUGACCAGCGAAUACAACUACCGUCGUAAUCAAAUCGACUAUACGCCGAACGGUACCAUUCAAGUGACACCAAAACAACACAAAUACACAUUCCGUACCCUAUUGAAACCAAACAAAACCGGUGUUUUACUGGUUGGCUUCGGCGGUAAUAAUGGUUCAACUUUACUGGGCAGUAUUCUCGCCAACAAACACCAUCUGACAUGGAGAACGAAACAAGGCGAACAGAAAGCCAACUAUUAUGGGUCACUAACACAAGCGACUACUGUGCAUAUCGGAUGGGAUGGUCAGAAGCAAGUUUACGUACCGUUCAACAAACUUCUGCCAAUGGUUGAUCCCAACGAACUGGUCAUCGAUGGAUGGGAUAUCAACGGCGCUAAUCUUUUUGAGGCUAUUCAACGAGCCAAGGUAAUCUCUUUUAAAUGUGUCAUACAACAAUUAAUACUCUUUUAA